AUGUAUAGUGACAAAAGUAUAAGAAUAAUGCAAGUAUAUCGAGGCUUUUCCACAUGUGUACCUCGACUAGCUAAACAAACUACUAAUGCCUCAGGAUCUGUAAAUAAACUUCUUGGUCGCCCAUCAAACAAUUUGUCUACUGGUCUUGUGGGGCUUGCCAAUGUGGGUAAAUCUACCUUUUUCCAAGCACUUACCAAAUCGACAUUGGGUAAUCCAGCUAAUUACCCCUAUGCCACGAUCGAGCCUGAAAAAUCCAUUGUUUUGGUUCCACUGGAAAAACUUGAUCACUACCUGAAAUUGUACCAGCUGUCAAAAACUGUGCCCACCAAUCUCACCAUUUGGGAUAUUGCUGGUCUUACGAGAAACUCGAGCACCGGUGCGGGGCUAGGUAACAAAUUUUUGAGUGAUAUAAGGCAAGUUGAUGGUGUGUUGCAAGUUGUGCGGGGUUUUGUUGAUGAUGAGAUUAUCCAUAUUGAGGAAAACAAAGUUGAUCCUGUACGGGAUCUUGUUAUAGUGCAAGACGAGUUGAUCUUGAAAGAUUUGGAGAUUAUCGAAAGUGAAAUUGAACGUGCAAAAAGGAUGUUGAGAAAACCAGGGGACAAGAAAAGUGUGUAUGAGUACCAACUACAAGUAUUGGAUAGAUUAAGUGACUUGUUGUAUGAGGGAAAGAAAGUUAUAAAUGGAGAAUGGGACGAGGAGGAGAUUGACGUUAUAAAUGGACUCAAUUUGUUGACAGCCAAACCCACAGUUUACUUGUUGAACGUGUCGGAAGAAGAUUAUUGUUUGGGGUCCAACGAAUUCUAUCCACAGGUUGCGAACUGGAUCAAUACAAAUUGUCCCGAAGACAAGGUGAUUAUAUUUAGUGCACAACAUGAAAGGAUGUUGAAUGAGCUAGAAGGUGAAGAGCUUAAAGAGUAUAAGGAGAUGUACCCUAAAGAAUCGGUGAUUCCGCUGGUUGUUGAAGAGAUGCGAAAUGUUUUGCAUUUGAUUUCUUUUUAUACUUGUGGACCCAUUGAGGCGCGUCAAUGGACAAUUAGAAAAGGAAGCACUGCACCCGAGGCUGCGGGAUUGAUUCAUACUGAUUUGCAAAAGACAUUUAUCAACGCCAUGGUUUAUAAAUGGCAGGACUUGUCUAAAUUGCAAGCUUUGGAUGAGACCAAAUUGAAAGCUAGCGGGAAACAGCAUAGAGAAGGUAAGAAGUAUAUUGUAGAAGAAGGCGAUGUUUUGUUGAUCAAAGCAGCUGGCGGAAAUGCUCGUUAG